UCUGGCUGUUUGGUGAAAGAGGAAGGUUGUGCUACUCUGACAUCAGCUCUGAGUUCAAACCUAACACACCUGAGAGAGCUGGACCUGAGUAACAAUCAUCUGCAGGAUUCAGGAGGGAAACUGCUCGCUGCUGGACUGAAGAGUCCAAACUGUCAACUCAACAUACUGAGAUUGUCUGGCUGUUUGGUAAAAGAGGAAGGUUGUGCUGCUCUGACAUCAGCUCUGAGUUCAAACCUUUCACACCUGAGAGAGCUGGACCUGAGUAACAAUCAUCUGCAGGAUUCAGGAGGGAAACUGCUCGCUGCUGGACUGAAGAGUCCGAACUGUCAACUCAACAUACUGAGAUUGUCUGGCUGUUUGGUGAAAGAGGAAGGUUGUGCUGCUCUGACAUCAGCUCUGAGUUCAAACCUUUCACACCUGAGAGAGCUGGACCUGAGUAACAAUCAUCUGCAGGAUUCAGGAGUGAAACUGCUCUCUGCUGGACUGAACAGUCCAAAUCAACUCAACAUACUGAGAUUAUCUUACUGUAUGGUGACAGAAGAAGGUUGUGUUGCUCUGGCAUCAGCUCUGAGUUCAAACCCCUCGCACCUGAGAGAGCUGGAUCUGAGCUACAAUCACCCAGGAGAAUCAGGAGUGAAGCUGCUCGAACAGCUCAAACAUCUGGACAAACUCAAUGUGGAUCAUGGAGGAGAGUUCAGGAUCACAUCAGGGCUCCACAAAUACGCCUGUGAUCUCACACUGGAUCCAAACACAGAAAACAAUGAACUCGUUCUGUCUGAGGAGAACAGAAAGGUGACGCAUGUCUCUGAGCGACAGUCAUAUCCUAAUCAUCCGGACAGAUUUGAUGGGUGGUGUCAGGUUCUGUGUUCAGAGAGUCUGACUGGACGCUGUUACUGGGAGACUGAAUGGAGUGGAGAUGGAGCUGAAAUAUCAGUGUCUUAUAAAGAAAUCAAGAGGAAAGGAGGGAGUGAUGACUGUUUGUUUGGAUGUAAUGUGAACUCCUGGAGUCUGAUCUGCUCUGGUCACAGAUUCACUGCUCGUCACAAUUGUAAAGACACUGAGAUCUCUUCUGCUUCAGGCUCCUGUAAGAGAGUAGCAGUGUUUCUGGACGAGUCGAGCGGCUCUCUGUCCUUCUACAGCGUCUCUGACACACUCACACACUUACACACAUUCACACACACAUUCACUCAACCGCUACACGCUGGAUUUUACCUUGGUUAUUAUACAAACUCUUCAGUGUCUCUGUGUCACAUUAAACAUUAAACACACAGACUCUCUCUCUCUCUCUCUCUCUCUCUCUCUCUCUCUCUCUCUCUCACACACAGACACACACACACUGAUAAAUAUGUGUAAAAUAAAAUGUCAUAUUUACUCUGUUGUAUCGUAUUUCUCAGACUGUAUUUCCAGGAGUUCAUUUAAUUUUAGUGUAAUAGAAUUCAGAAUAAAAUUACUUCAUCAUCAUCAUCAUCAUCAUCAUCAUUAUUACAUGUUUGUAACCAGCAAUGAAAAGCAGUGAUAGAGAAAAAAAAAGUGUUUAUGCAACUCUACUUCAGAUAAAUUCUUUUGAAACAUUUAA